AUGAAGCGUGAAGAAGAGGAUGGGAAAAGAAGGUGGGGGGGGGGGCAUCUUCAUGAUCAAAAAUUCAUAUCUAACAAAGAGUACAAUGUGAACAUGGUUUUUACUGGUUAUACAAGUAUGACUAUGAUCAUGAAAAUGAGGUAUAGGCAUUUUUCUCUUUUUUUUCAGAAAAUAUGUGGGGUCUGUGGUGGUCUCACCAAACACCGUGAUAUCGUUCAGAAUAUCACGGUGUGCACCAAAGUGUGCCAGCAGAAUACGAUCGAGGAAGGAGACACGCUGGCCCAAGUACUUCGGGAGCUGGAGAGCCUCCAGCAGACCCGAGAAAUGCUGCGCAAGAAGUCCGCUGAGCUGACGCACUUAUGGACGCUAAAAUGUCCGAUUAUUCGAAUCUAUCUCCUGAGGAUCUCCACCGCGUGA